AUGUCGCGACUCUCAUCCCUCGAGUCGCUCUCCAUCACCGAAUGCCCUCUUCUCGCCUCCUUCCCUCCGUCCGCGCUCAGACUCCCUAAGCUCAAAUCCCUCGUCUUGCGUCAACUCGCCUCGUUGACAAAUCUCCCGCCGUCGGUCGCGUGCCUCGCGUCGCUGGAGACGCUGCACGUGACGCACUGCCCGUUGCUCGCGUCGCUUCCGGAAGACACGGGCGACCUGCCUUGUCUUAACCGCCUCGUCCUCGCGCAUCUCCCCGCGUUGGACCAUCUUCCGGAGGGCCUGGGCGGCUUGUCCGCGUUACAGCAUCUCUCGCUUCAGCACAUGAAGACCCUCAGCGUUAUCCCCGCGUCCUUCUCCGCCCUUUCGUCGCUGCAUCUCCUCGACGUCGUCUCUCUCCCGUCUCUCUCGACGCUGCCGGAAUGCGAGCGUCCGUUUCCGCACCUCCUCGAGGUGCAUCUUAAAGACCUUCCCGCGGCGACAGCGCCGGACACGUUCUUUCGCCGCAUGCCCGCGCUGCGCCACCUGCGCUGCGAGAACAUGGCGGGCGUGCCGCCGUCGCUCUCCUGUCUCACCAGCCUCGCGUCCCUCCACGUGCAUAGGUGCCACAGCGGCACCGCCGCAGCGCUUCCGGACGGCAUGGGCCAGCUCGCGAGCCUCGAGCAGCUGCGGCUCGACCACGUCGACGGGCUCGCGGUGCUCCCCGAGUCGCUCUGCUUGCUCGCGCGCCUGCGGAAGCUUGAAAUCGAGGGCCUUCCCUGCUUGUCGCGCCUGCCCGAAAACUUUGGGCAGCUGGAAAAACUCGCACAGCUGAAGCUCCGAAGCGUGUCGCUCCCCAAGCUCAAGACGCUCUCUGUGGAGAAUUGCCGCAGGCUGGAGCAGCUGUGCCCGUCCAUGGCUGCUUGCGCGAGCCUCGAGAGUCUGACUGUGUCGUGGUGCGAGAAAUUCGAGUCCUUGCCCGCGGAUUUGGGGAGUUUACCCCGACUACAGAGGGUGCGUGUGCACAGAUGCCCGAAGUUGAAGCACGUGGCAUCACCGCUGGGAAAGGAAUGUGGCGGAGCAAAGGUGAUUGUGGAAUAG